GUCCGUUGCUGCGCGCUGCCUCUGAGGCUCCCUGACGCCGGUACCGGCGGCAGCUCAGCCUGAGGGUGGGGCUUUCCCACUUUUCAGGGUACCCUUAGCGCUGUGUCAGCAUGCUGCGCCUAGUACGGGGCUUCCUGUUGCCCACCGUGGCUGGCCAGGAGGAGGAACCCGACCGCCUUUUUGAAGAGCUCUUCCACAAACUGAACCAUCACGGGGACGGGAUGGUGGACAUCACAGAACUGCAAAAAGAACUGGAAGCUAUGGGCAUCCCUGUGGGCCAGGACGAGGAGAUAUUAAAAUCUGUUGAUAUUAACACAUGCAAUCUGCUGAACCUUGGCACAUUUAUGCAGUACCUUAAAGAUAAUGAGAAGACAAUGAAGACGAACUUUAAGAGUUUGGAUGCAAAUAAUGAUAGUUUGUUCUUAUACAGUGAGCAAACAUGUGUAGCCAAGAAUUAACUACAGUUUAGUAAAGGUUUAUUCCUUGAUAUUUGGAUUCUGUGAAAGGUUAUUAAAAACUCAUUUAUUUAAUUCAUCA